GGCGAGGCAACUCGACUCGAUUCCGCGCCCGCCGCGUGGGGAGGCGGAGGCGGAGGAAGACGACGGCGACCCUCCCGCGAAUAAACAAAUCCAAAUGGUGGGGGUGGCCUCGCCGUGAGGAGGACGACCACCACCACCACCACCGAGCGCUCCUAGUCCUACCCCGGUCUACUGCCUAGCGCGUAGCUUUGCCCCCCGAGAUGCGGCCGAGGGAGAUGCACCCGCUCUGCUGCCUCGCCGCCGACUGCGUCCCCGGGGGGGAGGCGGACGGGGGAGGCUGCUCCCCGCCGCCUGCGGCGGCCUCGGAGGAGGAGGCGGCGGUGGCCGGGGUGCUGUACAAGUGGACCAACAUCGGCAAGGGGUGGCGGCCGCGGUGGUUCGCGAUCCGGGGCGGGGUGCUGGCGUACUCGAAGAUCCGCCGCCGCGUGGCCGCCGAGCCGCCGCCGCCGCCGCCCGAGGCUGGCGCCGGCGGCGGCGUCAGGCUCAUCGGGGUGCCCCGCCGCGGCGGCGUCGGGGACCAGCCCAUCGGAUUCGUCCCUCUCAAGAUCUCAUCAUUUAGUGAAAGUAAGUCAGAUGAUAAACGGUUCUAUAUUAUUACUCCAACCAAGACACUUCAGCUGAGGACUGGCUCUGCUAAGGAUCGUGUGGCUUGGAUUGAAGCACUUGUUUCUGCGAGGAGUGAACUUUCUCUUAAUGGGGUUGUACCGUGUGACCAGAAUGAGGGAUCAUUUUCCACUGAAAAGCUUAGGAAUCGCUUGCAUGCUGAGGGUGUUGGCGAGGAAGCUAUUAAAGACUGCGAACAGAUUAUUCAUUCAGAAUUUUCGCAGUAUCACACACAGAUGAAGCAACGGUGUGAAGAGUAUUUAAACUUUAUUGGCAGUCUUCCAAGGGAACUUGAGGUAGUUAAUUCGGGAGAUGCAUCUACUAUCGAGAAGCCACAGUCAGAGUUGUUCAAACAUGACUGUUCCAGUUCUGGAAAAUGUAGUGAGUACAGCAACACAGAAUCAUCUGAUGAUGCUGGCAAACAAGAAGUAGGGCAGUUCUCAGAUGAAGACGAGUUUCAUUUCUAUGAUACAAGACAAAGCUUCAGUGACAUUGCUGCUAGUCCUGACUUGAAAGUGAGAUGUUCAAAUAAUGGGCGUGGAGCUCACAAGUUUGGUGAAUUACUAGCUGCCGACAAGACUAAUGAAUUAUUGUCAUCUAUAAAACGCCGCUCAGAGUUGCCUGUACCAUUAGAAAAGGAGAAAGGUGUUAGCCUGUGGUCAAUGAUCAAAGAUAAUGUUGGCAAGGAUCUUACAAGAGUCUGUCUUCCAGUUUACUUUAAUGAGCCAUUGUCUUCUCUUCAAAAGUGCUUUGAAGAUUUGGAGUAUUCUGAUUUACUGGAUCGUGCAGCUGAAUAUGGUUCAAAGGGAAACGGGCUGAUGAGAAUUCUUUAUGUUGCUGCGUUUGCGGUCUCUGGAUAUGCUUCCACGGAUUCUCGCCCCUGCAAACCUUUCAAUCCAUUGUUGGGAGAAACAUAUGAAGCUGAUUACCCUGAAAAGGGAGUCCGUUUCUUCUCUGAAAAGGUUAGUCAUCAUCCUAUGGUUAUGGCAUGCCAUUGUGAAGGGAAAGGUUGGAAAUUUUGGGGAGAUAGCAAUCUGAAGAGCAAAUUUUGGGGGCAGUCAAUUCAACUUGAUCCCAGUGGUGUGCUAACUCUAGAGUUUGAUGAUGGAGAAACUUUCCAAUGGAGUAAGGUUACAACAACAAUUAAUAACCUUAUUAUUGGUCGAGUCUAUUGCCAUCACCAUGGCACGAUGAACAUAAGUGGAAACAGACAAUAUUCGUGCAAGCUGACUUUCAAAGAGCAGUCUUUCCUCGAUCGUAAUCCUCGCCAGGUUCAAGGAUUUGUUACGGAUGCUAAUGGGACAAAGGUGGCAUCCUUGAUGGGAAAGUGGGAUGAGAGCAUGUCUUGCAUCAUUAAUGAUGAUGCUUCUAAAGUGAACCCCCGUAAUGUAAAUCAGAGCACGGGGGCCACUUUAUUGUGGGAGAAAAAUCAGCCUGCAGCCAAUCCCACUCGAUAUAACCUGUCAUCAUUUGCAAUCACUUUAAAUGAGCUGACACCAGGUCUUAAGGAGAAGCUUCCACCAACGGAUUCAAGACUCAGGCCAGAUCAGCGGCAUCUAGAGAAUGGGGAAUAUGAGAAGGCUAACUCCGAAAAAUUGCGCCUGGAGACGAGGCAGAGGAUGGCAAGGAAGAUGCAGGAGAGUGGUUGGAAGCCAAGAUGGUUCCAAAGGGACACAGAGGAUGGAACAUUUCGCUAUGUCGGAGGUUACUGGGAGGCAAGGGAGCAGAGGAAAUGGGUUGGCUGCAAUGACAUAUUUGGCAAUGUCACCACACUUUGCACCAGCACAAGUAUAUAGAGGGAGUUCUGUUUAGUAGUCGUUGACAUCCCCAUUAAUUGUUGGAAGGUAAAUAGUUGAUCGAUCGGCUGCUCCCAUCUCCACCAUGCAAACAAGAGCUAACAGCUCUCCUGUGUCAUAUAGAAAAGAACUUGGGACAUUGUGUGCAUACCGGCAUACUUAACUGCGAGGCCUGCUAACGAUGCUGCUAAAAAUCCUCGGCGAUAUCCAUUUUUUCAAUCUUUGUACUGUUCCACAGAGAUAUGAUUACAUACUUGCUUUCCUAAUUGUAAUUGAUGGACGUUCAUCUUU